AUGGGUGACUUCCAGAAGAUCCAUCGAUACUUCAGUCCCCUACUAUCAAUAUUAACGGAUAAGGGCGUGAAUGAGCUACUAGGUGAUACAAAUUCAAUAAAUAACUUGUCAGAACUCCUCAGUCCAUUCGACGUAUUGCACAAUGUACCGUUGCGAACGAGCCAGUUGGAGACACAUCACGCACCAUCUUUCCAUUUACGUUUCAAUGAAUUAGCUGAAUUGGAUAGCUCAACUGAAGAACUACACAAGGUCGUUGAGAAAUCAGCUGGUGAUGCAACCGUUUCAACGAAUUCAGACAAUAUUUACGAGAACUUCCUUUCUGGUAUACUCAAACACCACGCUUUAGUGCCAUACUGUACUUUCCAGCAUCCAGUUGCAUUCAUAUUGGCAACUACAACUAAACAUGCAGAUCCGGUAUCAGAAUUAGCUAGGUUAGCUCAGGAGGUUUCAUUCCCAGAUGCAUAUGCUAAGAGAGCCUAUAUGAGUGCCACGCCAAACUAUGUUCUAAGAUAUUACGUUCUCGUACACGAUGCGAAUGAUGGUGAUAUGGAUCAUGCAAGGAAUUUACUCGAAAAAGCCAAAAGGGCACACGGCAUACAUUGUGCAUUACUCAUUAUCAACUCAAAGCAAUCGAAAGAGGAGAAGGAAGUUGAUGAGACUGUUACCAAGACAUAUGGUCACUCUCGAGCACACAGUUUGGAUGCGUCUGAUUUAACUGUCAUACGCGCUUUUGUGCGCGAGAUGGUAGUACAGUCACUUAUUCCUUGGAUGGAGAAAUGUGCACGCGAUUGGAAUCAAUUGUUUGUUACUAACAGGAAGGGAUUUACAAAUAAGCUGUUUUCUUCUUUUGGUGUUUCGAGGAAAUGGGCUGCUCAGCAGGCGCCAUCUAGGGCUAUCAAUAGUAGUGCACCAGUGGCAUCAUUCGUGAGCUCAGAGAAAAUAUACCCAUCUACUACUCACGAAGCUACUUUUAGAAGACUAGCAGAUUUCGCUUUCAUGAUCAGAGAUUACAAACUCUCAGCGCAAGUGUACAACCAACUUCGACGGGAUACGGCGGAAGAACCAGAGGCAUAUCUUUAUAUGGCUUCUGCGAAUAAGAUGUUAGGACUUUCUCAUUUGUUGUCUCCACACUCACCAACUUCUACUCUCGACACUACCGUACAAUACCUCGAUGAAGCGAGUCUGACGUGGUUUACGACAAAAAAUGCAACCGAUAGGGCUCAGAUGAUUCGUGCCACUUUACUCUACAUAGAGUCUUUCAGAGCGAGGGGUUCAUCUGGUUUGGUAAUACCAUCAUCAUUUAUUAAGGCUGCCUCAACAGGUAAUGGUUUGUCGUCUGCCAUAAUGCUCGAGCAAGCUGCGAAUGCAUACAAGAACCAUAUGAAACCUUACAAACGUAAGGCUUGUUUGUAUUUUGCUCAAGCUGCAACUGUGUAUGAAUCUCAUGGUAAGCAUGCACUUGCAAGACGUUGUUACGAGAAUUGCGAUACAGAUCGCUUCCCAUUCCUCAACCAAGCACUUGGUAGAUUGGCAAAUGAAGAAGAUGCGCCGAUACUCAUCACCAAAUCGCUGCGUUAUGGUGGUGAUCAGAGAUUACUCGAUGAUUGGCGUGAUUGUCUAAGGAAAGACGAGAAUCCAAAGGUUACCUUCCCACUCGAGGUAUUUGACAAGGGUAUGACUUAUAUCAGAGAUCCACACGCACACGUUUAUACAAAUAAAAAAUCUGAACGUAUUUUUGACACGCUUGAAAAAGAACUCAAAACUAGUAGUGAAAAAAUAGAUGAUAGAAUAGAUAUCGACAUUGAUGAGGUAUUCCAUGCUGUUCUCGUUGCACGUAAUCCUUUCAAUGCUGGUAUACUUAUUAAUAAUUUCCAAUUGGAAUUUGAAGGCGAAGCAAAUAUUGAAUGUCUCAAUAAGGACCUAGAAUUAGGUGCUUUGGAAAUUAACGAAGUCGUUUUUAAGUGUUCAGUAUCCUCAGCUUCCACUGUGAAACUCAAUAAAGUGGAUUUUAUGAUAGACAAUAUCUGCAAAGUUACAGAAUCACUCCAGAGAAAUGGUGCUAGGUUGAACAACACUAAGGAGCAUAGAAUGGGAAGAUUCUAUGCACCUGAUCUCUCACUCGAGGUUAGAGUUAAUGAGCCAACACCAAGAUUGCUCACUAAUUUAGAAUGUUUCCCUCAAAGGAUGGGACUCGGUGAGGGAUAUCUCGCUCAUAUCAAUAUACAGAAUAUUGGGAAAGUUGACGUUGAUGAUGUGCGUGUGGUUGUGAAUGAACAAUCAUUCGUGGCCCUGGGCGUUGACGAGAACAUCAGCAACGCGCAAGAUGUAUACAAACAAUCGUUAGAAACAAGCACAGAACAGUCGCGUAUAGAGAAUACCUUACGAUCUAGCGCUCCUUAUGAUAUUGGUAAAGACUUGAAACCAGGCUAUACACACUCUAUCCCGGUUUUACUCAGAGGUGAUAAUGUCGGCAAGAAAGCACUGCAUUUAAUCGUGGUAUACAAACAAAAGAGUCAUGAAAAUCAUCACAAAGUUAACAGAUUGUUACAUGUUGUAGAUAUCAGACCAGUUGUGGAAGUCAAACUAGCUGCUCAGCCUAGCAAAAUGCAGAUCGGAAGCUAUGAUCUGUCGUUGGAGAUUGAAAAUGUCGUUCCAGAUUCUCAAAUUGAAAUUACUCAAGUGUCCUUUGUUUCACCUGCAUGGAAGUGUAUCGGUGAGAUGAAAGAUAUGAAUCUCGCGUUUGAAGAUAUUGCUAAGCAAGAGUUCAAAGUAGAGUUUACCGAGGAUUUCAACGUGGAGGAUAGUCUUCAAACACAAACUUAUAUGAUUGAUAAGAUGGCUGAAUACUUACAAGGUGAUAAUAUAACAGAGAAUUAUCCACCUCCGGUAAACGUUAUCAGUUCACAUCUCACACACAGUAAGAAGUAUAUACCUACAAGUCAAACUGGAUUGUUUCAUAUGAUGAUGAGUGCUCGACGAUACCUCCGUCAGAUGACAUUUGGUUACGAGUUCAAAAGUAUUCCGUGGAAUGUCCAGUCGCAUUUAUUCCCGCUAUUUGAGGCUAAUGAAGGAGACGUUGUUGUCUGUUGGAAAAUGGGCGACAGAGUGGGACACGCGCUCGUGUCAGGGUUAGUCUUAGGGGCAAGAGAGGGUCUCACGAGGAGGAUAGGCGAGAAGGUGAAGCAAUCGAAGAACAUUAAAAGCGUGAUGUAUGCUUCCAAAGUUAGAGAUAGGGAAAGGGCGCUAUCCGAAUUGACGAAGAGCCGGUAUAGUGUCUACGAUAUGCCGAUAAUAGUCAACACGUACACGCCUUCUCCGAUAAACCACGAUUUCGAGCAAAAUCCAGAACUGAGGAUAAGCGUUGAUAUCAGCUUAUUCAACAAUUCGAUUUAUAGAAACGUCGAAAGUAAAUUACAGUUAAGGGAUGAAAUAGAAGGAAUGAUGGUGCCUGUGAGGGAAUUUACGGCUGACGUGAGCGCCCAUGAUACGGUGAAUGUGAAUAUAGCACUGAACAUGAGCAAAGCGGGAAGAUAUAAGUUGAAGCAGCUCCUUCUCACGAUUGACGGCCUCAACUACGUUGUGAAUUUAAACGAAAUUGUACUCUUAUGA